AAACGAGCUUCCGUUCUAGGUCACACAGGAUUUCAAAUCGAAGCCCGUUCCCUUUGUCUUUCCCUUCGGCUCUAUCGGCUGGUGCUCCUCGCGUGCCAUCGGCGGAGCAGCCUUGUCGCGGCGGUGUUCCCCUCCUGCCACUGAGCACGCGAGAGAGCAUCCUCUUGCUUCCUUCCUCGCCGCGCGGAGUAGCAGCCCUUCUGUCGGCCAAACAAUCGCGGAGGAAAGCUGCGCCGCAGCCUUGCAACAGCUCAGUCCUUCCAUCGAUAGCAGACUCAUUCCUGGAGCAAUCGGUAGAGGUGUGUUUGGAAGCGUCUUCAUUGACCUAGUUACUCAUCAUGUCGGUCUUGAUUGUGACGAGCGUUGGGGACAUUGUGGUGGAUCUCCACUCUGAUAGGUGUCCUCUGACUUCCAAAAACUUUCUCAAACUUUGCAAGAUGAAAUAUUACAAUGGAUGCCUGUUCCAUAAGGUGGAAAAGGAUUUCUUGGCACAAAGUGGAGACAGGACUGGAACUGGCACUGGAGGUGAUUCGGUGUACAAGUUUCUAUAUGGUGACCAGGCACGAUUUUUUGAUGAUGAAAUACAUCCUGAGCUGAAGCAUUCUCGGACUGGUACUCUAGCCAUGGCUAGUGCAGGAGAGAAUCUUAAUGCUUCCCAGUUCUACUUCACAUUACGAGAUGACAUUGACUAUCUCGAUGGGAAACACACUGUAUUUGGUGUUGUUGAAGAAAAGGAAGGAUUGGACACUCUGGCUAAGAUAAAUGAAGCUUAUGUGGAUUCUAACAAAAGGCCCUAUAAAGAUAUAAGAAUCAAGCAUACCUACAUUCUGGACGAUCCUUUUGAUGACCCACCUCAACUUUCUGAGUUUAUCCCUGAGAAAUCCCCAGAAGGUAAACUAGAUGAUGAGAUUGUAGAAGAGCGAUUAGAAGAUGACUGGGUUCCCUUGGACGAUACAUUAGGCCCAGAAGAGCUCGAGGAGAGACUUCGUAGUAAAGAGGCCCAUACAAAUGCGGCUAUUCUUGAAAGUAUAGGAGACAUUCCUGAUGCUGAUGUUAAACCACCAGAGAAUGUACUGUUUGUUUGUAAACUGAAUCCAGUUACUCAAGAUGAGGAUUUGCAUACAAUAUUUUCACGCUUUGGAACUGUUACAUCGGCUGACAUAAUACGCGAUUACAAGACUGGAGACAGUUUAUGCUAUGCUUUCAUAGAGUUUGAGUCGAAUGAUGCAUGUGAACGAGCAUAUUUCAAGAUGGACAACACUCUAAUUGACGACCGGAGGAUACACGUGGAUUUCAGCCAAAGUGUGUCUAGACUAUGGAACCAGUAUAGGCAUGGAAAAAGAAGCAAUUCCGAUAAAGGAUGCUUCAAAUGUGGGGCUCUCGAUCACUUAGCAAAGAACUGCGACAAUGACACCGAGAACAAACAGAAAGGAAACAAGUAUGUUUUGAAAGAUGAUAGUACACAGCGCGGUGGACAUCAACAUGAGAGAUAUGACAUGUUGUUUGACGAAGAUAAUCUGGAGGAUCAAAGAGAAGACCGAUCAGGAAAGACAAAGAAGCCAAAGUACUCUACUGAAAGAGACAGGAAUUCUGACAGGCAGAGGAACAAGGACUAUAUCAGAAGUGGUAGUGGGCUAAAUGAGAAAACCAGAGAAAGCCAAAGAUACGACGAUCAUUACAAAGAAAGCCACCGGAGACGGCUUGAAAGUAGCAGACGUGCACAGGACAGUGAUGAUCAAAAGAGAAGCUAUAGCCACCAUGUAAAAGACACAGGAGACAGGAAUGAGAGAGAUCGUCAUAGGAGAAAUGAGGAUGAGCACCUUCGUAAGAGAAGAAGUCGGGACCAGGAAACUGACCAUAGCCGGGAGAGGAGUUCCAGGGACAGGGAGGACAAGUAUCACAAGGAACGUAGUUACAGAGAGGAAAGGAGAUAAAAACUUUGUUUCAUGUAAUGGAGUUGGGAUUCUUGGUUUGUUUGUGUUAGAGAGGUUGUUGGAUUAAAAUAUACAAUUAGGAAAAAUUUAUUAUACUUAAUUUGAGAAAUCCCAUUUUAUUUUCAUCA